GCUUGCCGACUUUGUACAACAGUCUGUUCGCUGGUUUUCGCUUACCAGCAAUAACAACAACAGCACCAAAAACAGCAACAAAACAGCAAAAGCAACAACACCAAUAAUGAAAGCGAGUAGCGCUCAGCCCAUUAGCGGCGGCGCAACAACUACAAGAGCAAUCCUUAAUAUUAACACUAACCACCCCACCACUGCCCGAGCCUUUGUGCCACUACUGGCGUUGUGCUUCCUCUGCAUUGUCUCGGCAGCGACCACAACAGCGGCGACAGCCACGUCUUCCACCUUCAACACAACCACUGCCAGGACAGAUGCAACAUCGCCGCCCUUGGCGCCCGUCGUGGCAGCAGUGAUGGCCACCGCCACCGCCAAGCCGGGGGCCAGUGGCGCGCAGCAGCAAUGCACACUGUCCGAGUUCACCUGCGCGAACAUGCGCUGUGUGCCGCUCAGCAAGUACUGCAACAACAUUAACGACUGCGGCGACGGCAGCGACGAGCCACGCUUCUGCACACGCUGCAAUCGUACGUACUAUGGAGAUAUCGGCCUAACCUACUCUCUGGAGCUGUACCGACCCAAACAGGACCGGCUGCCGUACGUGUGUGUACUGACUUUUACUGCCGCUGGUGGUCAACAUGGCGACGUGGUUCAGGUAACACUUGAUAGCUUCACAAUUGGACGCUUCACCUCGUAUCUGCACGACGGUUGUCCGGAUGGUUACAUGCAAAUCGCCGAGUCGGCGCGCACUCCCAUCGGUGGCAUGUGGUGCGGCACAUCCUGGGGUCCAGUGCUAUUCUACAGCGAAACCAGAUCACUAAUUUUCACUAUCAAAUUAAAUAAGCUGGCGCGGGACCAGAGCGGCUACAAUUUCGACUUUCGCAUCAGAUACAAGGUUCUGUCGAAGGACAGUUCGGUGACGCGCUAUGGCGGCAUCAAGCUCGAAGAACUACGGCAGUGGUAUAAUCGCAGCAGUUUUCAGAAUCAAAAUGCAAUCGAAGAUUUUACAAAUUCCAGCGGCGCACAUUCGGACCGCUAUGGCCAGGAUUUCAGCUUGUUCAGCGCCUAUGCCAAUAAUAAGACCUUCAUGAACUCGCUGCAGCCAGCUGUGGAAAAGGACGCACUCAACUACACGGAGCCAAAGUACUAUCUGGGCGAUCUCAUACCGGGCACAUACUGUUCACGCAUUUUCAGCGAUUGCGACAGGAAAGCGUGCCGCCUGCAAUCGCCCAACUUCCCCGGCAUUUAUCCGCGCAAUCUGACCUGCUACUACGCCGUUCGACAGCAUGAGGUGCCUCAUGGCAAACACGCAAUGAUUCUGGUGAGGCAAUCAAAAGGAAAUUUAGUCUGGAUAUCCACACAAGACACAGGAAUCGGCAGCAAGCCACCGCCAAGCACUAGCGAAAAAGAUAAGAAAUUUGAGCCGCGUCUAAAAACAUGGAGUGAAUGCGAUAACGUGCAGGACCACUUGAGGCCCAAAUGGAAGUCAACGGACUACGUGACGGUUUACGAUGGCUACACAACACGUGACCCGGUCGUGUUGAAGUUUUGCGGCGGCGGACAAGCAGUGCCGGCAGCCGUGUCCAGCGGACCAGAGUUAUUGGUGGAAUUUACAACUUCACCUUUUGGUACAUUCACAGGCACAUCGUCUCAAGUGUUGCCGCUCUACGGCUUUCAAUUAGACGUUGAAGUGAUUUUCGUAGAUGUCAUGAGUCCCACGUAUUCGAAGAACAAAAAACCGUGUGAGUUUUGGAUACGCGGUGCUGGACGUGGCAUACUGGAAAGCCCCAAACAUUCAUUGGCGCCGAAUACCACUUGCCUAUAUCAUUUACAAGGCAUGGGUGUGUUUAAAACUUUCGAUCAUCUGAGUUUGUCGCGCCGCACAAGUGCACAAGGUAUGAACCAACCGCUCUCACGUUUCAAGGUGUGGAUCUCGAUGAUGAAAUUCAACUUAGACCCGGAAUUCGGACAGAUGGAUGAGACAUCAGUAGGCGCGAUUGGUGUGCUGCAAACACAUGAGGAUUGUAGUGGCAUGCUGCGCAUCUGGGACGGCGCUCUACGGGAGCCGCCGGCAUGCAAAGAUCUCAACUGUGCCAGCGACGCACCUGCACAUCCGUUAGUCUCACAUUACAGUCACAACUCGACAAACGUUAUUGCGCGUUAUUGCCGUGGAACGGUACCACGCACCUGUGAUCGUUCGAAUAUCAACGAGACCUAUGCGCGACCAUGCACGAUAUCCGAAAGUUAUGUGUCAAGCAGCGAUAGCAUAACACUGGAACUCAAGAACACAGAGUCAACGGUAUUGCGUCCACUGGAAUUCAAAUUGAAGUACGAAUUCAUCGAUCUGCACCAAGACGGUCUGCCGCUUGCUGGCGGCGAGAACGAUUGUAAUCGCAAGUUCGUUAGCAGUCUUAUGGAUCGGAAAGACCCGGCAAUCUUUCGCAGCGUGCGCAAUAUAUUCCUCUUCGGGCGUGGCGGCACACGAAACUUGAAGUGCAUUUACAAGUUUGAAGGUCAACGAGGUGAGCGUAUACGCAUUAAAUUACGAAAAGUUACUACACUAAAUAGGCCCUGCAUGUCGCGGGUGGACGAGGACAUAAAUCGCUCCUUCUGUUACGGCGAUACUAAUGCACGCAUUGAGAUUUUUGAACGUCCCUAUCACGAUUCGAUUUUGUUACCACGUGGUUGUCUAUGCAAUUCGUCGAACUCAUCACAUCUACCUGUUGAAUACACCUCAACCAGUCGGGAUCUCGAAGUUCACUUUACUGCAAUAAAUAUGACCACACUUGACGAUCCGGACGCCAUCAACUUCGAGGGCAUGUUUGAAUUCAUCAAAGGACCAGCAAGCUGCAAAGACGGCCGACGCAAGUUCGGCCCAAGCGGCACUAUCCACAUGACAUUCGGUGAUAUGGAAUGCCGCACGCGACCUUGGCUAAUAGAGCCAUCCAAUGGUAACAAAUUUUUAUAUGUGCGCCUGAAAUCAAUAUUCUUGCGCAAAUACAAUCCGAAGAAAGCAUUGAAUACAACCGUGGUGGGUACCAGUUCUUAUCGUUGCGAAACGAAGGCGCGAGUUGUGCUUACAACUUCUGAAGGUUUGACAAUAACCGCGUGUCCACUGUCGCCAGAUUCAAAGGCCUACGAGUUUGUGGAAAUCUUCAGCGCUGGCUGGAAUGAGCGCCCCAUUUACUCAAUUGCGAAUCGCUCAAAGGCCAUUAGUGUGGAGUAUCUACGCCCUGAGAAUGGCGAUUUUACAUUUAAUUGGAUGGAAUUGGUUCCUAGACCAGUAUUAAGUAUUGCAGAAGACUGUCAGUACAAGUGUUCCGAGCUCGGUGCUUGCGUCAACGCGAGCGUUUGGUGCGACGGCAUUGUACACUGCCCUUCCGGAGACGAUGAGACUUUCCUACAAUGUUCGGCCAUUAUGAAACUGCCCACUGAGAUAUUGGCCACGUUGUGUCUCAUCAUUGUGCUGCUAUGCUGUGCGUUUGCCGCCUUCGCAUACAAACGUUUUGCUUUCCAUUGCAGGAAAAUCAAGCGCAAAUUUCGCGGAUCAUCGGUGCUGCAGACACGCCUCAAAUCGUUGAGUUCUAUGGACACUGCGGUACUGGAGGAAAAGGAGGUGAUUUGCUGACAAAACGACAAUUCUGUGCGAUAUGUUGAGAUCGAUCGUGUGACCACAGUCUGACCACUUUCGAUUGCAACUUUAAAAUUCGUGCAGAAUUGUGCCCCGGAACUAUUCAAAGUGUUGCCGAAAAUGGCGGAGAUACGAGUAUUCGUUUAAAGGCGAAGCUACAAACAAACCACAAAACUAAUACGAGUAUGUGUGUACAACCCGAUUCACCUGUUUUUAUGCAUUUGAAUUUUAUUCGAAAAUUUCGUAUGUAAGUUUUUACCCAUCAACUAACAGUACAUAUUACCAUAUUACACAACUCUAGCUCUCGUCUCAACGCAAUGAUCCAAUGAUCUCUGUAAUGUUUUCAAUACAAGAAAAUGCAAAAAUAUACUUUUUUACUACUCAUUUUAAGCCGAAAAUUAAGACAAGAAUCAAACCCAGCAAAUUUUUUAUAUAAAUACGUGCAUGUGUGUGUGUACAAUGUGUAAUCCUAGUCUAGCUAUGUAAAGAUGUACUGCAAAUCACAUUUAUGAAUGUAUGUUUGUAGACACACACGACUCUAAAUGAAGCUUUAAUCAUAAAAAUUAUGUUAAUGCGAUCAGCAAACUUAUAUACUUAAUCCGUGUAAUAAUCUUCUUGAUUUUCAAACUGAGUUGACACUUAUGUGAAGCAAGCUUUUGCCUUUACUAAGGUCGGGGUUGGACACAAUAGUCCUUACGGUUGCACCGCACCCUCAUCUAUUUAUCGUAAGGUCGAGUUUACAUCCCUCUCAUAGGAAAGGAGCGCUUCUGGCGAGUUCAAUGAAAAUCGGUAGUCGACUUUGUCAAAAACUAGCCCACUUUCUUUUGGUCUUUCUUAUAGAACGUUUAUUAAAUUGCCAAGCAGUGAUAACAAUUUUCUUUCAGUUUUGAUCAAAACCGUUUUGAUCAAUGAGCCAGAUUCAGUUUUUUUUUCAAAUACUAAAUGAUAUUUCCAUAUACUCAUGGUCAUUUUGGAAAAUUAGCCGGAAAUAUGAAAAUAGUAAAUAAAAAAAUUGUACAUGGAUGGAUUCAAAAUAUUUGUAUACCCUGAACAUAUUAUAAAAAGUUUACCAGAAAGCUUGUAACACCAAGUAAGGAACGCCGAAGAUCCAAUAAAAUAUAUAUGUAAAAGAUCAGCAUGACGAGCUGAGUCCAUUAGCCAUAUCCGUAUAUUUUCAUAUACGCGAAGUAUCGGUCUGAAAUUUUUCUCAUGACCUCUCAAUAGCGCAGAGCGGUAUUCAAUGUAGAACUGAAUUCCAGACGUCCCUCUUCCCUUAUUCGGAGGCUCACGCCUUCAACCUGUUGAUAAGGUAAAAUACCUGGAGCUUAGCCUUGAUAGGAAGCUUUCAUGGAGGACAAAUAUUGAGGAGAAAUUAAAGAAGGCUAUAGGCGAGCUAUAGGGAAAAAGUGGAAAAACAAAAUCAAAGGUUCCCGCUAACAGCGGAGUGGAAAUGAGUCAGAUAUCCAUUUAUUUAAAGAGUUAGUUAAAUUUUGACGCACUAAAAAUUCUGAUCAAACUUGAUCAAAAGACUUACAUACUCUUAUCCCUAAUACUAAUGGAGCGAUCGUAGGAGUUUUUGCUAAGUAUUGUGCAAUAGGUAUUCAAAUCGGAAGGCUAGCCGAAACUUACAUUGACUGUCGAUUUAUGAGGGUCCCACGAUAAAUUUUUAUAUGAGUUCUACGUACCACAUAAAAGGUUUUUCAAUAAAAGCGCUACAACGGUUUGGGAUAUCAAUGAAAUUCUUUAUUCCUGUGAAAGUACAUUCGAUGUCGUUAUGUAUGGAACUCGAUUUCUUUUGCAUGGCCACCACGGACACGCUUGCAGAAGUCCAGGCGCUGACUUGACGUAGUCCUACAGAAAAUAUUCUAACGGUGUCAAAUCGCACGAUUGUGACAUUCGCUAUGUGGUUUUUGGCGUUAUCCUGUUGGAAGCACAUAUUCGAUAUUAGAUUAUCAUUGAUCGGUAGCGAUUCCCAAUCACAGUAACGUCUCGAUCUUGAUCAUCACGGAAGAAGUUCGGCUAAAUGACGCCGCCGGCCCAUAAACUGCACCAAACCGCAAUUUUGUCAAGAUGCAAUGGUGAUUCAUGGAGUACGUGUGGACUGUUGCCUGACCAAUAAUGCAUAUUUUGUUUAUUGACGAAGUCAUUCAGCCAGAAAUUAGCCUCAUCGCGGAAAAUAAUUUUCGAUGAAAAUCCGGAUACUUUUCAAGUAGUUGCUCAGCCAAUUGACGAACAUACGACAGUUCUGGUGGUCAAGCGGCUUCAAUUCUUACGUCAAUUUGAUUUUGUAAGGAUCAAGGUCAAGAUCUUUUCGCAAAAUUCGCCACGACGACGUCACAGAGAUGCCCAAAGCUUGCGAAUGUCGUGUGGGAGACUGAUUUGGGUCUUCCGCAAUUGAUGCGCUAGCGGCAGCAAUAUUCUCGACACUACGGGCACUUCUUUGUCUCACGGAAACAUUUGCCUGUACCUGUGGAUUCAAAUUUUUCAACUAGACGGUCAAUUGUUGAUCUGACAGGAUGAUUAUGACGACCAUAAAUUGAACGUAGCCCUUUAAAAUUAAGGCCACUGACUCUGAAUUUUGGUAGUACAUUUUAAUAAUUUCGACUCGUUGUUGGAUCGUAUAUCUUUCCAUGGUGAAAUGGCAAACCUUACUGAAGAGAAAUGUCAAAAUAACGAGACAAGUAUGGCGCCGUUUGCUGUGCCUAUCGGUCUACUUUUAUAACGUCCCUAUUGAAAAACCCGUUACAAACUGAACGAUAGGAAUCAAGUGCUUGUAUGGAAUACUUUUUCGUCUGACGAGAUAUCUUCACGAAAUCUUACAUAGCUUAUUGGCUUAGAUCUUGUUGUAAUCUCGUAAAAGUUAUUAGGAUUGGAUCACCAUAACAUAAUGCUGCCAUACAAACUGAUCGAUCGGUAUCAAGUGCUUGGUUUUAGUAAAGCCUAUGGAAAGUGGUUUUUCGUGAAUCAUACUUUUAACAGUUUUGGGUUAUUGCCGCUAACGCGUUGCUAUACCUCGACCCACCUCAGCGAACCCAACUCUAUGUAAAUUCACAUGAUAAACAUUCUUAAUUUAACUAGUACUACAAUACUAAUUCCAAGCUAAUAUUUCAAGGCUCAUCUGCCGCUGAUAUACUUUCAUACCUUUCUGAAGCAAGUUAAGUAUGUAACUCUUCUUCUGAACUGCGUCCGUAUGAAGAUGUGGCGAAUCCACGGGUGUCAAAACCCCCCCAAAAUCGAAGAUUUUAAUUAAAAUUUAGAAGAAUUUACGAAAUAGCAACAAUAUUGAAAAUAUGUUGGUAGAAAAAAUUCCUCCCGGCAAUAAAUGCUGGAUCUUCCUCAGAAUGGAGGAUUAAAUAAGUUCAUAUAAUUUAGCUGAAUAAAAAAAAUCCGAACUAUACAAAUCAUACCUACAUACACAUAUUAAUAUUAAGUAGUGAUAACUAACCUCCGGACUUCGAAAAUGUAUCGCUAACCCAUUGUGAGGUCACAUAAGUUUUAGGAACUCGUAAAUAAUCCCAGCAUUUAUUAUGCGACGCACAACAUAAACAAUUAAUUAGAAAUGUUAGUAACCAAAUCAGAGAAAUAGUAAUAAAUAUAAUAAACAAAAACCAAAUAAACAGAUACGAUUGCCCUGGUGCUAAAAACAAAAACAAAAACAAGAAAACAAACUAAUAAAAUAUAAUUAAAUUGUAAGCAUUACAUAAUACUGAAGAUAUGAAACCGUUAUUUGCGUUAUGCAAUUUGAAAGUGCAAAAAGCAAAGUUUUGCAAGCAAAAAUAGGCAAUAAAUGUUUCUUCGCAAAGAGAAGAAAAUUUUCAAAUGAACGAGUCAAGCAAAUGAGGUUUAAAUAAAGGCAGUCAUGUCUCCAGAGCUCGAAUAUUUUAAUAAUCUAUGUAUGUAUGUAUGUAUGGCAGUGUGCUGCAAUAGCAACAACUCUGGCUGGUUGAAUUUGCAAAGCAUAUAGGCCAAGUUCUUGAGAAUUACUAUAUAAACGUAGACGUGAGUGAUGUGUGUGCAGCCUGUGAAAAGACUUUUAAUUGUUGUUCUAGUGUUAAGAAUUAUGAACUAAAACCAAAAAAUACUUGUAUUUAUAUAUUUAGAAACUAUGAGUAUAAUUUUUUAAUAUGAAUCACGCAUUGUAGCGCCUCUAAGUUAUACAAGAAGUCACGAAAUCACGUCAUACUGAGUAGCAGACCAUAUACAUAACUACAUAUACGAGUACAUACUGCAGAGAUACGCCGAAGACGCAUGUUUUUCGAAAAAAUUUCAGCGAAUAAAAGACCAUAAACGCAUAACUGCCAAAUCAAUUUUUGUUGUACAGAAUUGUUUUAGCUUUUUUUGAAAUUUUUGAUAAACUGCCAUGAUCGUUAAAAACAAGUAACAAUAGCUGUUCUUAAGUUCGAAUUUUAACCUUUUCUUUAUUAAUAUUACACCGAUGGAGUUGCAUAUCGACAUCAAAACUCAUAAUUGAAUAUAAAUGGAGUAAAACUAUUUAAUUAAGAGCAGGGUCGCGACGAAUAACUGUUACACAAGUUUUGAUAAAAAUCAGAGACACCAUUUAAGACUUUGAAAAACAAAAAUUUAAAAAUAAUUUUCCCACAUAUUUUUUAGGUUUUAAUCAUUAAUUUCUUGUUUUUUUUUUUUGCCAGCCGUAAACGCUUGGGAAGGCAACGCAAGCAGCCCGCAUGACCUCGUCGCGUAUUUCUUUCCAUAUUUUCUUUAACCGUCUCUUAAGGGAGCCUGAUUUAGAAGCUUAAAAAAAUCGAUUUUUUUUUCUUAAAUCUCUUUAAAAAUUAAUCUAAAAAUAUGUCACCAAAGUUUUAGAUGGGAAUUUGAAUUUGAAAUAUUUUCAAAGCUAGAAGGAAAAUAGUGACCGAGCGUCUAGCAGAUAUAGGAGCAAUUGGGAAGAAAGCGAAAGCUUUGCGAUUUUUCUUAAUUGGCGGGCAGGAUAGAAAAAAAAACUAAACUUCGUAUGGAAUUUGGGCAAAGUUUGAACUAUCAUUAAAUUAUCUCCUAUUUCUACUAAAAAAACUAAAAAAGUCAAGUUUGAACAUAUUUUUAAACAACAUAAAAUAAAAUUU